CCCGAAGUCGGUGGCCACCUGCGCUCUCUUUCCGCUCCUCGGCGAUUCGCUUCCGUUCUCCGAUCCGCGGGCUCCGAUCGAAGCGCGGUGGCUCCGGGGGCGAAUUCUUGCUCGGAUCUUGAGAAACGAAGGCGUUUCCUCUUGGGGAGCUGCAGAUCUUGAGGGGUUUAGGGCUGGAAAUGGACGGCUUCAGCGCGAAGGAUCUCUCCACGAUCGGAGGGAUCGCCACCGUCUCGCUGCUCCACUCCUUCAUCCCCACCCACUGGCUCCCCUUCUCCGUCGUCGGCCGCGCCCAGAAAUGGACCCUCCCGCGCACUCUCCUUGUCACUGUAUUUGGAGCUGUCCUGCAUGUGAUUUCUACUUCUCUGCUUGGUAUUGCUGCAAUCACCAUGGCCAACACCAUUGCUGGUGAAGAGACAGUGCACAAGCUUGCUUCGUUGCUGCUCAUAGUUCUUGGAGGAAGCUAUAUUCUUCUGUUUUUAUUUGGUAAGAGAGGCCACAAUCACUCUCACAAUCAUUCCAUGGAGAAGAUGGCAGUGGCUGGGCUUGUUCUUGUACCUGCGUUAUCUCCUUGUGCAACAACUCUUCCUGUUUUCCUUGCUGUUGGCAACUCAUCGUCUAUGAUGGUUCUAGCAAUCAUUGUGCUUCUGUUAAGCACCAUUACCGUCAUGACAUCUCUUGUGGCCCUUUCAUUUUACGGUGCCAGCCAGCUCAAGUUUCACUGGGUUGAACGAAACGACAAGCUUCUCGUUGGCUCGGUGCUCGUCCUGGUCGGAAUGCUUACCUUGAUUUUCCAUGAUCAUGAUGAUGAAAAGCAUUCGAUAGGGGAGCACCUUCACAGGAAGAUUAUCGUUUUGUGAGUAUCUGGGCCUCGCAUUACUUGUUGGAACCCAUCUGUAUCACGUUAUAAUUUUGGUCAGUCGGUUAACAUGAUUUUGGUCAGUCGAUUGAUACGAGGUAAAAGGAUAUUCUGUCUGUGGCUUCAACGAGAAAAAAGCUGCAUUGUGCAUUGUUCAUAUACAUUACCGCUUUGAGGAUUAGUAUCCAACUAUAAGACGCAUUGUACAUUUUGAGGAGCCUCAGAGACGGGAGCAAUCGAUUGUUUCCGUAACGUCGAUUGUAAUACAACUAAUUUUGUCUUUUAUCAAUAGAAUUAGUUUGUCACUGCUGGUUGAUGACAA